AAUAUGGACAUCCUCGCUGUAGAGGUCGAUCGAGUCGUCUUCACUCCAUAUCCUACCCAACUAAAGACAUCCGAGGCAGACAUAUGCCUCUGGGCCUCUUGUUAUCACUGUCGAAUCUCUCCCUUGAGUCAGGCUCUUAUAGAUGCUCUACUACAAUGGCCAUAUGUCUUAGAAAUCAUCACUCGCCUGUCCUGUGCUGUCGAUGUCAGAAACUCGCUUGUGAAAAGAGAGCCGUCACUACUACCUCGUCUUUUAACCCAUGCCUUGGAGUCUAGAGUUGAAAGCAGAAAGCUAAUCCAAAGACAGUAUGUGGAUGCUGCUGUAGCCCUUUUGUCCCACCCUCUACCUUCCGAUGUGGCUCUUCCAGCGACUGCUCAGAACUUCCUGCUUCAGUUGUUCGACCGUGCUGCCACACAACCCAACGCCGUGACCGUCCAGCAAAUACAUCGAAUGGUCUAUGGAGCUUGCAGACCCAUCCUCGGAAUCCUCUCCCCUGGUGUUCUGGCUCACCUGGAGGAGUACAUCUUCUCGAUCCUGAAAAGCUCUUCUGGUGUCGAAGAUCAGUCUCUGGGCAUGUACUGUCUUGCCAUCAUGAGAAUGAUUCUUGAGAAGUUCCAGACCGAGGUUGGAAACGAUGCUAUGUGGCCUACCUUUGAACACUCUGUCGAUUCUUCCAACUCGCAGUGGACACCUGACGCCAUCAAGCAAUUCUUUCACGGCAACAAGACUCAUAAAACCAUGCAACUGCUGGUAUUGCGAGUAAUCUGGGCCUGCAGACCAGAAUCAGCGGAUCCUACUGGACAAGGCCUUACUAGUAGAUCGUUGCUGGAGUUGAACGCUGCCUUCCUCAAACACGAGUGUCUAGACUCGUCGCUCCGCCUAUCACUUUAUCGCUUGUCCUCAAAGUUUAAGCCUGAGUGGUGGGGAGAACUUCUAGACAAAGUCAUGAGUUUGUUAACAGACUCGCCACCAACUGUGUUAUUCAACUCGGCCGGUAGCUAUAUAUUGUUCCUUGGUCAUAUCGCUGAUAUGGUCGAAGACAACGAGUCCUGUCGCCGUGGUAUACUUGCAACUCUGCAUUCUGGUCACAAUCGCCAGAAACUAGAGUACUUCUUCGCCGACUUGGAGACCUUACCUGAGGUUGACGCAGGACACCGCACAAGCAGGUUCUGCGUUGCUUCUUACACGUCCUUGAGGAACAAGCUGAAAUCUUCACUUUGCUCUCUGUUACUUCGUGCAGCUCUUGCUGCUCCACAAGAGNAGACUUCUUCGAUACGUCGAGUGUUGCCUGAGAUCCUUAGACACCAUGCAGUUGUUGAGUCGAGCAAGUCAAUCUGCCCAAUUUGUGUUCAAACAAGACUGAAAGCUCCACAACGUCCAACACCAUUUGUGGAAAUUGAAGCAACUCCAGAAUCCCAGGAUGCAAGUCUGCAUUGGAAGGAGCGUUUGGGUGCAGUGAUGCAGACACACGCAAAGUAUCAAGAAACUUCUCUGGUAGCAUCUUUCAUCAAUAUCUGUCACGAUCUGGAAGCGCGAUGCGAGAGUGUCGAAGAGCCGCUGAGGUCGGAGCGUCAAAAGUUUACUGGCCUCGAGAAACGAUAUGCAGACUUGAACAAAGCUUACGGAGAGCUUGAGGGUCAAGUCAUGGAUAGAGACCUACGCAUCAACGCCCUCGAAGCGGAAAACGACCGUCACGAGAACGAUCUUGCAGCUUCUUCUCAGGAAACACGAGAUCUGAUGCAGCGAAUUGACACAAUUACUCGGGAGCUUCAAGAAGCCAACCACAAUGCUCAGCGAGACAUUGAUCAGCUCAAGCAGGAGAGGCAAGACUUGGAAGUACAGCAUGCUACCAAUAUUGCCUGCAAGCAGGAGGCUUUCGAGCAAGUACGUGAAGAACUUCACCAGGUCAGGCUAGACGCCGAGCAGCUACGCUCCGAAUUGAGCAACACGAUGGACUCGAGAAGGCACGACAACACUGAAUAUGAGAAGUUGCAACUGGAGAAAGAGCAUGUUGAGCAACAGCUUCUGGAGAGCCAAGAGCGCAUCUCGCAGAUCGAGGAAGAACGGGCAACCUUGCUUGAAGGUCACAGUCUGCUUGAGCAAGAUAUUCUCAAGCUUCAACAAGAUAUCAAUGGACGUCAGGUGCAGCAUGAGAACCUUCUCACCGAGAUCCGAGCCACCAAACAAAACUCGGAGGAUGAAGCCAGAGAGACCGCCACUAUGUUUGAAGAUUCUAUGUCAAGAGCAAAGCAAGAAUGGAUGGGCAUCAAGAGUCAUCUUGAGGAGCAAUUGGAGGAAGCUCGACAAGAUCUUGCCGAAGCAGAAGAUGGCUUCCAGCAACAACAUGAAGCAAACAAGCAAAAAGCUGUCGAUCUUCGUAAGCGCAUCGAGCGCUUGAUAAAGGACUGUUCGAAGAAGGACGCUCAGGUUCUUGAGGCGCAGGAGAUGAGGAACCGUCUGAUGAACGCCAUGGGACUUACUGGCAUGAUGGCUCCGCCCCAAGAGCCCGUGAUAAAGUCGUCAGUACUGCCAGUGCGGUCUGCCUCUACCAACUCGUCCACACCACGGACCGCAUUGCCAUCACAAGUUCCGUUAACACCUGCAGCUGGUGCACAGCACUCUGACGAUGAGCAUGAAGACGAAGAACCAAAUAGUACGUUCAUGUCUGAUGCCUCGGCAGAUAAUGGACCUACUCCAAAGCGUGCAAGACCCCGCCCUUCAUUGAGGCCUGCGAGUACACAAGAGAAGAGAACGAGCAUGGCGCCGAGGUCUGCAAGAGCUAUGAUGCGAACAAAGAGUGCUAUUAAGAGACAGCCUCUGCAGGAUAUGCCGACCAAUCGCUCGCCUGUACGGGCUAGAUCGCCGAGCAAAGUUGCAUUUCACGAUCUCCAGAACCAUGGAUCCAGAAUCAACACGGCCGAGAGACGGGAACUAGAAGAUUGGUCAUUUUCUGCAGACCAUAUCAUGACAGGCACGCCAGGUGUUGGUUUGGGUGAUAAGGGAGAGGGUGGUCUGGAUGCAAGUACCACAGAUGUUUAG